UUUCGCUUGUCUCGUUUUCCUUUUCUUUCCCCGGAAGUUAUUGGGAUUUUUCUGGCGUUUCCGAUAUGGACGUUGGGGCAAGAGGCGGGAGUCGUUGUUGUCGUUAUCGUAACGAUCGGGAAUGGUGAGACACUUUGGAUUCCAGACUGAUGGCGUCGGGUACAGCUAGCCGCUCCGAAGACGAAGAGUCUCUAGCAGGACAAAAGAGAAGCUCAUCGCAAGUAUCCGGGGCCAUUCCAAAACGACGUAGUUCAUCCAGGUUCAUCAAGCGGAAGAAAUUCGAUGAUGAGCUGGUAGAAAGCAGCCUUGCCAAAUCAUCCAGCCGGGCCAAAGGCCCCAGCGGGGUGGAGCCGGGACGCUGCUCUGGCAGUGAGCCAUCUUCUAGUGAAAAGAAGAAGGUGUCCAAGUCCAUCUCAACCCCUGUCACGCCAAGCCCUGCUCCAAAUCCCAGCCUCACCAAACGGAUGAAGAAGAGCAAGCAGCCCUUGCAGGUCACCAAGGAUUUGGGCCGCUGGAAACCCACCGAUGAUCUGCUACUGAUCAACGCUGUGCUUCAGACCAACGAUCUGACCUCUGUGCAUCUGGGAGUCAAGUUCAGCUGUCGCUUUAACCUGCGAGAAAUCCAGGAGCGGUGGUACGCUCUCCUCUACGACCCUGUGAUUUCCAAGCUGUCUUGCCAAGCAAUGAGGCAACUGCAUCCCGAAGCCAUUGCGUCAAUGCAGAGCAAAGUGUUAUUCAGCAAAGCGGAGGAACAGCUACUAAGCAAAGUGGGAUCGACCAGUCAGCCUACUUUGGAUACAUUCCAGGACCUGCUGCACAAACACCCAGAGGUUUUCUACCCUUCCCGCACUGCCAAAGUCUUGCAGACCCAUUGGCAGCUCAUGAAGCAGUACUACCUUCUGGAUGAUCAAACAGUGCAGCCAUUGCCCAAAGGAGACCAAGUGCUCAACUUCUCGGAUGCUGAAGACAUGAUAGAUGACAGCAAGCUGAAGGAUGUACCAGAUGAAGUGUUGGAACACGAACUGACUGUGGCGGACCGGCGGCAGAAGCGUGAGAUUCGGCAGCUGGAGCAAGAGCUGCACAAAUGGCAAGUUCUGGUGGACAGUAUAACAGGGAUGAGCUCCCCUGAUUUUGAUAACCAGACCUUGGCUGUGCUGCGUGGACGGAUGGUACGCUACCUCAUGCGCUCCCGGGAGAUCACGCUUGGCAGAGCCACCAAAGACAAUCAGAUUGAUGUAGAUCUGGCACUGGAAGGCCCUGCUUGGAAAAUCUCCCGCAAACAAGGUGUCAUCAAGCUGAAGAACAACGGGGACUUCUUCUUGGCAAACGAAGGCCGACGACCCAUUUAUGUUGACGGACGGCCAGUACUUUGUGGCAGCAAGUGGAAACUCAGCAACAACUCUGUGGUUGAGAUUGCCAGCUUGCGCUUUGUUUUCCUCAUCAACCAAGAUUUGAUUGCUCUUAUCAAGGCAGAAGCUGCCAAAAUUGCCCAGCCCUGAGGCUUGGAUCAACCCAAAGGACCCCACUCCUUCCUCCAGCGGGAACUGCUAUUUUCUUUGCUGCUAAUGCAGCUUCCUCCAGUUUGCCUCCUUUGAGGCUAGGACACAAAGCAAUCCUGGGCCUUUAAGCAUAGAGGGACUCUUGUUUCGUGCGUGCACAUGCUCGGCCACUGGAGAGAGAAGGGGGGUGGGUGAGGGUAAGAGACUUGGGCUUAAAACAGAGCCCUUUGGCUAACUGAAGCCCUUUGCUGAGUACCCUGGCUUGUGCGAGAAACGGCUUACUGCUUCUAUUGACUAUUGCGCUUGACUCUCUUUGGGACAGAGUGACGAGAUUUUUCAGGCGUGGAUGUGGGGAGAGCCAAUGUCAAGCUAAUAUAAUAGUGAUCAGUCCUCUCAUCGGCACUGUGUUAGUGUCCUUUCUAGAUGUUAGUUUUUCAGGUAUUGUCCACUAGAAUCUCAGUUACUUGGGUAUGAAAGAAAAAGAAUGAUUUAUUCCAAAUAAGGUUGGUUAUAAAAAUAGAGGUCCAUCUGUUCCUGUUUAUGUGGUACAAUAUUAUUACUUAUCAGGGGUGUUGACAGACUAAUGAGCUAUUUUAGCUUUUGGCACGUGCCUCCUCAGUGCAAGCGCAUCCUUGCCUGUAACUGUAGGGUAGAAUAAGCUUACCAGAAUGUUGUCAGUCAUAGUUUGAUUGUUUGGGGUUUUAAAAGCAAUGGAAGUAAAUCUUAAUUAUUUAAAAUGCAGCCUUUGCAUUGCUACCUUUUAAAAAAAAUCUAGCUUUUGUGUCCAUUAAAAUGUCUUGUGCAACAGUG